GGGACCUGGGUAGACGGAGAAGCCGGAAACAGCGGGCUGGGGCAGCCACUGCUUACACUGAAGAGGAAGGAGGAGAGGGUUGUGUGUGUGUGUGUGUGUGUGUGUGUGUGUUAUUUUUUUUUGUUUGUCGGUGGUGGUGGUGGUGGUGGAGGUGGGGUCCUAGCAGGGCCAGCCCUGAACUCGCUGGACAGAGCUACAGACCCAUGGGGCCUGGCAGUGCCCGCUGAGAGAGGGAGAAGACAGCAGAGGGGUUGCCAAGGCACCCUCCAAUAACUAGAUCAUGUCGCUCUGGGGGCUGGUCUCCAAGAUGCCUCCAGAGAAACUGCAGCGGCUCUAUGUGGACUUCCCCCAGCACCUGCGGCAUCUCCUGGGUGACUGGCUGGAGAAUCAGCCCUGGGAGUUCCUGGUCGGCUCAGACGCUUUCUGCUGCAACAUGGCUAGCGCCCUACUUUCAGCCACUGUCCAGCGCCUUCAGGCCUCGGUGGGAGAGCAGGGGGAGGGAAGUGCCAUCUUGCAACACAUCAGCACCCUGGAGAACAUAUAUCAGAGGGACCCCCUGAAGCUGAUGGCCACUUUCAGACAAAUACUUCAAGGGGAGAAAAAAGCUGUUAUGGAACAGUUCCACCACCUGCCAAUGCCCUUCCACUGGAAGCAGGAAGAACUCAAGUUCAACACAGCCCUGCGCAGGCUCCAGCACCGAGUGGGGGAGGCCCGCCUUCUGCGAGAAGCCCUGCAGCAGAGGGCGGAGGCUGGCCAAGUGUCUCCGCACAGCUUGAUAGAAACGCCGGCCAAUGGGCCUGGGCCAAGUGAGGCCCUGGCUGCUUUGCUGCAAGAGACAGUCGGGGAGCUGGAGGCGGCCCAGGCACUGGUGCUGAAGAGGAUUCAGAUUUGGAAGCGGCAGCAGCAGCUGGCAGGCAAUGGCGCGCCCUUCGAGGAGAGCCUGGCUCCACUACAGGAGAGGUGUGAGAGCCUGGUGGACAUUUAUUCCCAGCUCCAGCAGGAGGUAGGGGCAGCUGGUGGGGAGCUUGAGCCCAAGACCCGGGCAUCGCUGAUUAGCCAGCUGGAUGACGUCUUGCGAGCCCUCGUGACCAGUGCUGGGCCUGCGGUUCCUGGGGGCUCCAGCCAAGCCUCCCAUGGUCAGGGCCGACAUGGUGACUGAGAAGCAGGCGAGGGAACUGGGCAUGCCCCAGGGCCCCGGGACUGGAGCAGAAAGCACUGGAGAAAUCAUCAACAACACCGUGCCCCUGGAGAACAGCAUUCCGGGGAACUGCUGCUCUGCCCUGUUCAAGAACCUGCUUCUGAAGAAAAUCAAGCGUUGUGAGCGAAAGGGGACCGAGUCUGUCACCGAGGAGAAGUGUGCUGUGCUCUUCUCCACCAGCUUCACGCUUGGCCCCAACAAACAACCUGUCCAGCUCCAGGCCCUGUCUCUGCCCCUGGUGGUCAUUGUCCAUGGCAACCAAGACAACAAUGCCAAAGCCACCAUCCUGUGGGACAACGCCUUCUCUGAGAUGGACCGUGUGCCUUUUGUGGUGGCUGAGCGGGUGCCCUGGGAGAAGAUGUGUGAAACUCUGAACCUCAAGUUCAUGGCUGAGGUGGGGACAAACCGGGGGCUGCUCCCAGAGCACUUCCUCUUCCUGGCCCAGAAAAUCUUCAAUGACAACAGCCUCAGCAUGGAGGCAUUCCAGCACCGUUCUGUUUCCUGGUCACAGUUCAACAAGGAGAUACUGUUGGGCCGUGGCUUCACCUUUUGGCAGUGGUUCGAUGGUGUCCUGGACCUCACCAAACGCUGUCUCCGGAGCUACUGGUCAGACCGGCUGAUCAUCGGCUUCAUCAGCAAACAGUAUGUCACUAGCCUUCUUCUCAAUAAGCCCGAUGGAACUUUCCUCCUCCGCUUCAGUGACUCAGAGAUUGGGGGCAUCACUAUUGCCCACGUCAUCCGGGGCCAGGAUGGCUCCCCGCAGAUAGAGAACAUCCAGCCAUUCUCUGCCAAGGACCUGUCCAUUCGCUCACUGGGGGACCGAAUCCGGGAUCUCGCUCAGCUCAAAAACCUCUAUCCCAAGAAACCGAAGGAUGAGGCUUUCCGGAGCCACUACAAGCCUGAACAGAUGGGUAAGGAUGGCAGGGGUUAUGUCCCAGCUACCAUCAAGAUGACUGUGGAAAGGGACCAGCCACUUCCCGCCACAGAGCCCCAGAUGCCUACCAUGGUGCCCCCUUAUGACAUUGCGAUGACCUCUGAGUCCUCCAUGAGCAUGCAGCUCAGUCCAGACAUGGUGUCCCCGGUAUACCCAUCACACUCUCACUCCAUCCCUUCCUAUCAAAGCCUCUCCCCAGAAGAAUCUGUCAAUGUGUUCCCAGCCUUCCAGGAAUCUCACCUGCAGAUGCCCCGCAGUCUGGGCCAGAUGAACCUGCCCUUUGACCAGUCUCACCCCCAGGGCCUACUGCCAUGCCAGCCUCAGGAACAUGCGGUUUCCACCCCUGAGCCACUGCCCUGCGCAGAUGUGACCAUGGUUGAAGACAGCUGCCUGAGCCAGCCAGUGGGAGGGUUCCCUCCGGGCUGGAUUGGUGAAGACAUGUUCCCUCCCCUGAUGCCUCCCACUGAGCAAGACCUCACCAAGCUUCUCCUGGAGGGCCAAGGGGAGUCAGGGAGUGGGUCUUUGGGAGCCCAGCCCCUCCUGCAGCCUUCUCCAUAUGGGCAGUCUGGAAUCUCCAUGUCCCACCUGGACAUAAGGGCCAACCCCAGUUGGUGAUCCCAGCUGGAGAGGAGCCCAGAGACAGCUCUUCUACAACCCCAUGGCCUGCUCUGGAACACCUGCUCAUGUUCCUGCUAAGCCCCAGAGCAAACGGGGAGGAUGCCUUCCUAUCCCCACCUACUCCUCCAUCAGGAGGAGCAUGCAUGGUGGGUGGAGCCACUCCACUCCUUCCUUCCUACCGCACACCCCUGUCAACCCCCUUCCAACACUGGAAGGAAAGUCGGGCUCCAAAGCAAGACAUGCCCCCACACACUUGCAUCCUCAGAAUGCGUGCACACACGUGUGCACACACACGCACACACACAACUCUCUGUGGAAGAUGGGGCCUGGGAGGGGCGAAAGGCUGGGUGACAACAGGUUAGAGAACGGAGGGCUUCUCCACUCACUCUACUACAGGGCCUGAGACACGUGUAGAAACACGCAGACAUGUGCACACAUCAGCACUAGAGGAUGGGGUUAAUGGGCAUGGGCUUGAGUUCCAGCCCCGAGGGGAUGGGGCUGCAGUUCAAGAGACCCUGGUGAGAGGAGAGAAGUCUGGACGUGGGGUUACUGAGAUGGGUUUUGCCCCGAUUAACAAAUCUCCAGAAGCCUCAAGUUCCCAUCAGUCAGAUGGAGGCUCUUGGAAUGUGUAUAAAAAUUCUAAGUACAAAGCCCAAGUUUCUUUGUGUAUAGCUGCGUGGAAGUGCACUUGAGACAUGUUAACGUACAGAUGUCACACAUCUGGUCACACACUUUUGCCUAUGUGACAAGUUGGGAGUGAGACGCUAAUUCACCAGGGAAGGUGCUGGCCUCUGAGCAGUGUGUCUACCCCAGAGUACUCUAGGCUCUGAGUGUGACUAUGCCCAGGUGGGUCUAGGUGACCCUGACAUCUUCUGUUAUGGCUAUAGCUUCAGGAGCCUAAUACGUCCAAUGCUGCCUGGAGGCCUGGCAGUGAGAGUCUUGGGUCCAUGUCUAGCCAUGUGGCCCUCUAGUGUAUCAGGGGGCCCUACCAACUGCUUCUCCCCCAGCCCCCCAAUAUACUUCCAGCUUCUCUCCACUCCUAUAUCCCUCGCCACCCUUUCUCCCUCUUGCGGGGGAAGUCAUAGAUCCUAAGCCAUAAAAUAAAUUUUAUUCCAAAAUAACAAAAUAAAUAAUCUACUGUACACAA